UUCCCUGACAAAUCGUUGUGUGCUUCCCACUCUAGUUACUCCUCCUCUUUUGUCUUUAGUUUGCGAUUCAAGAUGGCUCUAAAAGCACUUGUCGGGCAAAAGAUUAUGAAUGAGGUGAUCCGGUAUCGCUCAAAAGGGAAGGAUAAAAUAGAAUGGCGGGUGUUGGUGGUAGACCAGCUGUCCAUGCGGAUGGUGUCUGCUUGCUGCAAAAUGCACGACAUCUCUGCAGAGGGCAUCACUUUGGUGGAGGACAUACAUAAGAAGAGAGAACCACUAUGUACCAUGGAUGGUAUCUACCUCAUCACUCCAUCGGAGAAGUCUGUACAUGCCCUCAUCAAUGACUUCUCUGUCGGCAACCGCAUUAUGUACAGGGCUGCACAUGUGUUCUUCACGGAAGCUUGUCCAGAUGUACUAUUUGACGAAUUAUCACGUAGUCGCGUAGCUAAACACAUCCAAACAUUAAAGGAAAUCAACAUUGCUUUUAUUCCAUAUGAACAGCAGGUAUUCUCCCUGGAUUCGCCCGAGACGUUCCAGUGCAUGUACAACCCUGCACUAGCCCAGACUCGUAACGCCAAUAUGGAGCGUAUCGCGGAACAGAUCGCCACACUGUGCGCCACUCUCGGCGAAUAUCCGUCAGUGCGAUACCGCAGUGACUGGGAACGCAACGUCGAACUUGCUCAGCUCAUCCAACAAAAACUGGAUGCCUACAAGGCUGAUGAGCCGACCAUGGGCGAGGGCCCCGAGAAGGCUCGCUCCCAGCUGCUGGUGCUCGACCGUGGCUUCGACUGCGUGUCGCCGUUACUGCACGAACUGACUUUGCAAGCCAUGGCCUACGAUCUACUGCCGAUUGAAAACGACGUUUAUAAGUACGACUCGUCAGGCAACAUGAAGGAAGUACUGCUGGAUGAGAAUGAUGAACUGUGGGUCGAGCUCCGACAUCAGCAUAUUGCUGUUGUAUCCACAUCAGUCACUAAGAACCUGAAGAAGUUCACCGAGUCCAAGCGUAUGGGUGGCGGUGACAAGCAGUCCAUGCGAGAUCUCUCCCAGAUGAUCAAGAAGAUGCCUCAGUACCAGAAGGAGCUGUCGAAGUACGCGACGCACUUGCGUCUCGCUGAGGACUGCAUGAAGUCUUACCAAGGCUAUGUUGACAAGCUCUGCAAAGUGGAACAGGACUUGGCUAUGGGCACUGACGCUGAGGGAGAAAAGAUUAAAGAUCACAUGAGGAGCAUUGUACCUGUACUUCUUGAUCAGGCGGUCAUCAACUUCAACAAAAUGCGUAUCAUCGCACUGUACAUAAUGUCCAAGAACGGAAUAUCGGAGGAGAACCUGAACAAGCUGGUGACACACGCUCAGCUCGAGCCGUCUGAUAAGCAGACAUUGCUGAACCUCGCCAACUUGGGCCUCAAUGUGGUGGUUGAUGGUAACAGGAAGAAACAAUAUCAAGUACCAAGGAAAGAAAGGAUCACUGAGCAAACUUACCAAAUGUCUCGAUGGACGCCCGUGAUCAAGGACAUCAUGGAAGAUGCUAUUGAGGACAAACUUGACCAACGUCACUUCCCGUUCUUGGCUGGACGCGCCCAGACCUCGGGAUACCAGGCACCAACUAGCGUGCGCUACGGUCACUGGCACAAGGACAAGGCACAGCAAACCAUCAAGAACGUACCGCGCCUGAUUGUGUUCGUUGUUGGAGGCGUUUGCUUCUCGGAAAUCCGCUGCGCGUACGAGGUCACAGCCGCGCUCAAGAACUGGGAGGUUAUCAUCGGAUCUUCCCACAUACUGACUCCUGAUAACUUCCUCUCGGACCUCAGCUCUCUCACUGCCUAAACAGCUACCUGAGCCUACACCUGUCUCCAUCCAGCAUGGAUUACAAAACGUCAAUGUAACCUACAAAUAGGUUUGAGUUCACAAAUGAAUUAAUUAGCAGAUGCUUUGGCCCAUCUCUAUUGAAAUUUAUUUAAAAUGUAUGAAAUGUUAGCGUAGUGUUGCCGUACUUGGACUAUUUAAUGUGAUAUCAGCAUAUUAUAAUUAUGCAGUUUUAAUAAUGGCUUAACUUAAUUUAAUAUUAUUACAAGUUACAAGUUUGAAACCUCUGUCUUUGUCAGACGAGACUUUUCGAAAACAAAUUGUGUGUAUUAUAAUAACUAGUAUUUUAAAUUUAAUCUAAGAUCAAAGAGAGUGCAAAAGUGCAUUGUAAUUUAAUUAUGUUCAAUCUUUUUACGUUUGUUAUAUAUCAAUGAUCAAAAUAUUUAUAUUGUUGACAUUAUUUAAAAUAAAGUAAAUUCAUUAUUAUUUAUUAGUUUGUAGGAUUUGCAAUUUUCUGUAUUAUUUUUAUUGUUGAUUGAAAUGUUAAACAUUACAUAGGUUUGCGAACUAUUUAUAUAGACUGAUACAGACAACACGCUGUUCUUAAAUAAAAGUACAUUAAAUAAUGUUACAAUUUCAUGGAAACGUAGGCAUAGUUAGAAAACUAAAUUGUCUGCGAUUUAUGUAAGAUACAAUGUCUUUCAUCGUGUGUGUUGCUAGUUAUAAAAUUUCCGCUACCGAAAUUCAUUACGCAGUUGUUUUAAUGCCAAAUGCUAGAAUCUUAACGAGUAUUUAUCGUAGAAAUAAUGUGUUAAUCAGGAUGUUCUUGUAACUUGCACCUCUAAUUGACCCCAUUCUAUGCACAUGUCGCUUUGUCGGCACAUAUCAGGUAGUUCACGACUUGCUAGGAAUCUAAAGUCAUCUUAUAUAUUAUAUCUAACUGUUGAUAUUAUGCGUGUUAAAUUGUGUCUAAUAUUAACCGUUGUGUUUACAUUCCAACUAUCUGUAUGUAGCUAUAGUCAGUUGUUAGAUACUUGAAAAAUUGUUUUAGAAUUUAAACUCUUUGAACUAUUUCUGAAAACUUAUUAAAGUACGUUGAACGUAUUCGUGAUUUACAAUGUAUUUAUAUAAUAACGUGUAGUGAUGAUGGUCUAGAUUGUAAUCAUAAGGGAUUUACUAUGGCAUGUCAUGAAACUAAUGUAAUUCCAAUAUUAUAAAAAAGGAAUACCAUCUGUUUUAAUAAAAAUCUCCAUCAAUUGUGUGUCAAUGACGGAUUGUGCAAUUAUGUAGGAAAGUUUGUAUUCAUAGCCAUUCUAAACAUUAACCUUAAAUAUCAGUAUUUGAUUGUUAAAAUUUCAUUAAAUUAUUUAAUCAUCAAUA